ACAUUUCCUUUACCGAGUUGAUAAAUCUGUUGGAUUCAAAUCACUGAACGAAUCAAUGACAAACAGCUCAAAGAGGUCUGUGGCUAGAGCUAACCUGAGCCCACAGGUCUAGCCGACCGGCUCUCGUUCGGCGACGCAGACGGUGAACGGGUUGCACAAGUCCAUGACCCAGCGUGACAGCUUGGCCAAAGGGAUGGGGUUGGGGAAGCACAUUGCCAGCGAUAAUUUCACCGUGGGCGCGCGGGUACCAGUGUGCCGUUUUCUUUUACACGGACAGCAAAAACACCAAGGAUAAUUUCGCCUUCGUUUCGGUUUUCAUAUCUUUGGCUAGCGAAGGAACUGAUGUGAGGGCUCUGUUCCAGCUGACGCUGGUGGAUCGGAGCGGGAAGGGGAAGCACAAGGUUCUCGUACAGCCAUUUCCAUCUCUCGGUUGAGUGUGGCCCCUAUACUCUCAAGAAUGGCGGUAGUAUAUAUGUGGAUGAUUGCUUGCAAAUGAUCAAUUGUGUUCCAUUGGAGUUGUGAUCUCAGCUGUAGAUAGCCCAAGAUUGCACACAAUUCUGGUGUCCCAGUCAGAUUAGGGGUACAUUUUGGCAUGCUGCUAGAAAUUAUGGAAGGUUCAGAUGCUAAUUUCUAGUUGCUGCGUGUAGAGAAAUUCCAUGCUCAUUAGUAGGUUUUGGCUUACUUUGAUCACUUGUGUUUAGGUCCAAAUUUUUUAUGGGUAGAGGAAGAUAAGCAAGAGAUUGAGCAUUAUUUUGUAUGUGUUGUUAUAACAAGAUUUUGAUAUUAGGAUGAUAAACCUGUGAACAGGGGAUGUUUCAAUCUUUUGCCCCCAAAAUAUGGUGGUAGAAUCCUUUCCUUUUGCUGCCUUUCUUUUCUUCUUAAUUUCUCUUUGUUUUGUAGUUGGGAAGGAGUUGCAGUGCAGAGAUGUGGAGGGUUUAUUGUGAAUAUCAGGAGCUGAACAAAAUAGUCUGUAUCAUAGAGUUCAAUUUUGUUGGCCCUAAAUUGGGACCAAAUGUUCUCUUAUGCAUCUCACAAGGCUGUUAAUGAAUACAAGGAGGUCAAAGCUGUAAGUUAGCUGGAUGCUUUUGCUAUUGUUUUUGUUGUCUUUCUUUAGGCUACUCAAGCUGUUUUAUUAUGUUUUCUUUAAGGGUUAGUUUAGGUAUUCAAGCUUUUUCUGAGUUGCUUUUCUCUUAGCCUAUGAAAUUUAUCCUUUGUAGACUGUCUGCUUGGAGGUGCCAUAAUAGAGGUGGAUGAAUUAUCAUGUUGUUAAGCAUCAAAUGGUCGCAAUACACAAGAAGAGAUGUUCAAUUUUUAGAAUUUUUUUACACAGUGCAAGUGUUUUCUUUCCUUGGUAGAAACCUUCUGUUUUCAUGGAUUU